UUCGCGCACUGAGGCCGUUUGGUCCCGCGGCGCCACCGUCCGCGCGCGUCACGUGACUGGCGCCGCUGCCAGGAGCCGCCGGAGCAGGGCGGAAGCGGGGGCGCGGGGCCGGCGGCAUGGAGGGGACCCUGGAGCAGCACCUGGAGGACACCAUGAAGAGCCCGGCCGUGGUGGGCGUCCUGUGCACCGACUCGCAGGGCCUCAACCUGGGGUGCCGAGGAACACUCUCCGAUGAGCACGCCGGCGUCAUCUCUGUCCUCGCCCAGCAGGCAGCCAAGCUCACCUCCGACCCAACCGAUAUACCUGUGGUAUGCCUGGAGUCAGACAGCGGGAAUAUCAUGAUCCAGAAGCAUGACAGCAUCACUGUAGCAGUGCACAAGCUGGCAUCCUGACCCUGACAUCCUGAUGCUCCACUCCAGACCAGCUCCUCACUGGACGACGACUCUCCUCUCUGUGCUCCAGUGCGAAACAUGCUUCUAGUAUCAAAUCUGGGCUGAAGGCUCUCCCUCUCUAUUUAACAGCUCCUGUGCAGCUGUCAGGGUUUCCAAUUUGCAUUUUAGCACGUGUGCUGCUGAGGAUGAAAUGUGGGUCACUCACCGAGCUUGUGUAAUGAUAGAUACUACAAAGCGUGUGUGUGUAUGUGUGUGGCCUUAUUUGUUGGAGAAAUCAAUAAAUGACCUGCAAAAACA